AUGAUGAGUUUAAGUGCCGAUAUAAUGCCCCAGUAUCGUCAAGAAGCUCCCAAGACCCCUCCACACAUUCUCCUUCACUACUGCGCUUUCAAGGCCAUUUGGGAUUGGAUCAUUCUUUGUUUAACUUUUUAUACGGCCAUUAUGGUUCCUUACAACGUAGCCUUUAAGAACAAGACAUCGGAAGAUGUAUCUCUUCUGGUUGUGGACUCAAUUGUUGAUGUGAUAUUCUUUAUCGACAUAGUAUUAAAUUUUCACACGACCUUCGUUGGACCAGGCGGUGAGGUUGUUUCUGAUCCGAAGGUUAUCAGAAUGAAUUAUCUGAAGAGUUGGUUUAUCAUAGAUUUAUUAAGUUGUUUGCCGUACGACGUCUUCAACGCCUUCGAUCAUGACGAAGAUGGCAUCGGCAGUUUAUUUAGCGCCCUUAAAGUCGUCCGCCUACUUCGAUUAGGUAGGGUUGUUCGAAAACUUGAUAGAUAUUUAGAAUACGGAGCUGCUAUGUUGAUCCUUCUUCUGUGUUUCUACAUGCUGGUUGCUCAUUGGUUAGCCUGUGUUUGGUACUCAAUCGGUCGGUCGGAUGCCGACAACGGAGUCCAGUACAGCUGGCUGUGGAAACUGGCCAAUAUCACGCAAAACCCUUAUUCCUACGUGUGGCCCAACGAUUCCAGUACACCGGAAUUAAUAAACGGCCCUUCCAGAAAGACGAUGUAUGUAACCGCUCUAUAUUUCACCAUGACCUGUAUGACAUCCGUGGGAUUUGGUAACGUUGCUGCGGAAACCGACAACGAGAGAAUAUUUACAAUUUGCAUGAUGAUUAUAGCAGCGCUUUUGUAUGCAACAAUAUUCGGUCACGUGACUACUAUAAUUCAACAAAUGACAUCAGCUACCGCCAAAUAUCACGAUAUGCUAAACAAUGUAAGGGAGUUCAUGAAACUUCACGAAGUUCCCAAAGCUCUUUCAGAGCGAGUGAUGGAUUAUGUAGUAUCAACGUGGGCCAUGACGAAAGGCUUGGACCAGGACAAAGUUCUAAACUUCUGUCCGAAAGACAUGAAAGCGGACAUCUGCGUUCAUCUGAACCGGAAAGUAUUUAAUGAGCAUCCCGCUUUUCGGCUGGCAUCCGACGGGUGUCUAAGAGCCCUCGCGAUGCACUUCACGAUGUCUCAUUCCGCCCCAGGAGAUCUCCUUUAUCACACAGGGGAGUCAAUAGAUUCUCUGUGUUUCAUAGUUACGGGAUCUCUAGAGGUCAUCCAGGAUGAUGAAGUCGUUGCUAUUUUAGGCAAAGGUGACGUGUUUGGUGACUCCUUCUGGAAGGACAAUGCAGUGGGCCAAUCUGCUGCGAACGUGCGUGCUUUAACUUACUGUGAUCUACAUACGAUAAAACGGGACAAACUACUAGAAGUGUUAGAUUUCUAUCAAGCUUUUGCUAAUAGUUUCGCGCGAAACCUAAUCCUUACCUAUAACCUCCGCCAUCGUCUAAUCUUCCGAAAAGUCGCGGACGUGAAACGAGAAAAAGAACUAGCCGAGCGUCGGAAAAACGAACCUCAACUGGAUCAAAACCAGGAUCAUUUAGUUAGGAAGAUAUUUUCUAAAUUUCGAAGAGACCGAAGCCAACAUGCAGCUGCGCCGCCGGCUACGCCUUCUGACGUCGAAAAAGGGGACGAAGCCAAUGACAAAAACAUGUCGAGGGUGAUGUCGACGACAAAGUUAUCUGCUGUAGCUGAGAAAGAUGAUAGCAGCGGAGGAGGUGUUAAAACUACGGUGGCGAGACCAGCAACAGCAAGAGGCAGUAAAUGGGGUAGAUUGCUUGGAUCAGCAAGUCUCGAUUCCGGAUCUGAAACUUCAACUGUACCCCAAGCGUUCACCCGAAGUCUGAGCGCCAAAGACCCCAAAGAACGUCCAAGCUCAUCGUCGUCUGGAAGUUCAGGAAGUCAGCUAACUCCCGGUUCUGGCAAUAAGAUAUUUCCCAAAUUACAAAAAGUGUCCGCGACUUCCAGUCCUGGUAUCACUAGGCAGGACACCAUCGACGAGAUGGGAGAAGUGGAACCACCGCAUUCGAGAAACCUAUCGUUAAGGAAAAUGCAGAGUUACGAUUGUGGGUUGAGAGACCCGUCGACUGCUUCAAUGUAUCAAACAGCCGUCCCUGAUGCUAUAGCGCCCAUAGAGUAUAAGGAACUCAUGACUAAUCUCAUGGACUUUAAGGUGGAUGUGAAACUAGAAAUUCAAAAGUUAAACCAGAAGCUGAACCACGUAGAAGAAAUGAUGUUCGAACUCCUGAAGAGAUUGGGACCAGAGAGCGGCUCGAGUUCCCAAUCACCGAAUGAGACCGAGUCCAAAAAGUCUUCCAAUACGCCACCAGAAAGGCCUACCGACCUUCUGCCCCGAUCAACGGAAGGAACUGGUUUAGGCUCUGUUAUACUUAAAAAACGUAGGUCUAAAACGAGAAUCAAGGGAUCUGCCCCUCAGGUUCCCACGCCUUCAAGUGGAAAGGUAACCUCACCAGACAGCGCGGCAACGAGUCCAACCGAAACAACCAAAAUGUUGGACGAACCCGUGCAAACCCCGUCCUCUCGCAAACCCAAGGACUUUCUUUAACAGUAAUAAUAAUUUUUUUUAGGAUUUUCAUUGAAGCUAGAAUUAGUAAAAGCCUAUCGUAAUUUUUCUAAAGGAGUAAAAACACACGUCGCGUUGAAAUGCUCUUAGCAUGUACAACAAUGAAAGUACAACUCUUAUAAGUAGUACUACAUUAAUCCAAGUGUUCUUAUGAAAAAGAGGAGCAAACAAGGAAAGGCUGCUUGAUGUCUAUCUAGGACUGUACAAAUUGUGUCACGGUUCGCAAGGAAGCUAAAUGUGCUGAAGAGACAGUUUUCGUAGGUACUGAAUCAAUUUAUUAUAGAACAAUUCUUUAGAUGAAAUUAUAAAAAUGUUGAAAGGAAACACUUAUUUCACUAGGUACAUUUUCAAAAUACAAACAUAAAAAAUUCUCUGGCUAACGGCAUUAAGGUGAUACAGUAGCGAUCAACAGGUAGCCAAAACGCGUUCCAAAAUUGCGGCUGUAAUUUUGAAUAUUUUUUCGAGAUAUUUGG